GCAUUCAUGAUCAGUCAAUGCACAAUGGCACAGGCAACUUGGUCUCUUUCUGUAACAAAUAGUACUUUGUAUUUCAGCCACAGCAACAAUCCCGAACCACGUGCAGACAGCAAUGUUAAACCGUCUGCUCAACGUACUGCAGUCACUAUACAGCUUCAUGAUGAUGUCGACAUUGAGUGCCCCAUACACAAGUAUGCAGUUACUGACAACUUAUGGAGUGACCUGUACAAACGAGAGGAUUCCGAUGACUUUCUGGAGACACUUGACAUGCUGAUGGGUGUAUAUAAAGUUACAUAUCAAGGAGCUGACCUGGUUCAAAACCCCCUGGAUACAUCUCUGGCAGAAACCCCUCCUACAGAUGUACAACCCCUAAAUUUCAAAGCUACAAUAAUGGCUUUUCGCAACCUUCACCCAAGAUCAGGUAAAAGUGAGACAACCCCUCCUGGCAGUGCAGAUAAUAAAUGGAGAAAACAGUGCCAGGCGGCUUUGAAGCCUACAGAUCCAUCACGUCAUCAAUUUGGUGGUCGUUUCAAAGUUCGCCUUGCAGUAGCUGCAACAUCUGACAGAUGUUAUCGCCUCAUCCUUGAGAUCAUGGAUUUAUUCAGCCUUGGUAAACUAAAGGAGCAGAAACAUACUAAAGUGAACACGUCUGUUCUUGGAGACUGUUUGAUUCAAAGAUGA